UGAAGCACGGCUGACCGCGCCGCAGAAAUCUGGGUAUGAGGCACCGUCAUGUGACAUUAUGCCUUAGGGGCCAGGUAGAUCACACAAGAUGGGAGUAGGCUGAGAUUUCUCUGCUGUGAGAAAAGCCAACACUUGGUCUCAGUGUGGGGAAACCACAGGAAGUGCCAGUGCAUGUGAUGAGGUAGGAGAGAAACCUGGAUGGUGUCUCAACAUUGAGGUAAUGCCAACAUUGUGUUAAAUGUUGCUGAGAGUUGCAACAAAAUGAGAACAGAUAAGUGAUCACUGGAUUUAACAACUACCAAUUAAUAACUACCCCAAUCAAUAAAUAUUCUUCUAUAAUAUCUAUUUGAAUGGCUGCAUAGAAUCCCAUUGCAUGGCUGUACCAAAAUCUGCUCAACCAGUCCCACUGUUGAAUUCUUAGCUUCUUCCCAAACUUUUAGAAUCAAUGUUUCUUGAGCAUGCUCUCAAAGUUGGAAUUGCUGGAUCAAAAAAAGUAUGCACGUUCUAAAGGCUUUUUAUACAGCUACCAAACUACUCUCUAGAAAGGUUUUAUUAAUAUAAUUCUACCACCCCAAGGAAAUAGAGUAAUUGUUUUUAAAAAAAGCCUUUCCCAUUUUGAUAGGUGAUACGUAGUAUCUUAUAUUUGCAUUUUUAUUAUUAACGAAGUCAUAUGUUUACUGAUCAUUGGCUAUUUAUGAAUAGCCUGCCCAUAAUAUCUCUUGCACCAAAUGAGAGUUGUAAACAGGGCAAAUUGGUGAAAUAUCUAGAAGACUGAAAUGCUGGUUUAGCGAAGUGAAUAAAGCAUAUAAAGUUGUUAGAAUCACAGCUUGUGAAUGUAUUAGCUUUGUAACUUUCGUCAGGUAACUUCUCAGGUCCCAUCUUCUUAUCUGUGAAAUGGGGAUUAGGUCUACCUUGAAGUGUUGUGAACAAUGGAUAACGUACAUGAUGCUGUUAAUUAUGACAAUUAUUCAGAUGGUAAUUUUGCAGAGGUAACUGCACCAUGGCACAGGAGUCUAAAAAAUGCAUAAUGUUGGUUUGAAGAAACUAAGGCUAUUUCUGAUAUUUCCGUCACCCCUAUUCCUGCCCCUCCUCCCGGGUGUUGGUGGUGUCACUAUGGCAACGAGCACACGCUGCCCGAGGCUCAGUUCUCUGGCGGUUACAGACCUCCGCCGCCUCACUCUCCGCAGACCAGCGACUCUACGACGCGUUCCUCCCACUCGGUCUCAGAUUCAUCUCCCUUGGCCCCUGAGCAAGGAGCCGAGGGGCAGCAUGGCCAAGGCGGCAGCCUCUUCGCCGCUGGAAGACUUGGACCUGAGCGGAGAGGAGGUCCAGCAGCUCACCUCCGCCUUCCAGGACCCGGAGUUCCGGCGAAUGUUCUCCGAGUACGCCGAGGAGAUUACGGACCCCGAGAACCGGCGGCGCUACGAGGAGGAGAUCACGGCCCUGGAGCGUGAGCGCGGAGUGGAGGUGCGGUUCGUGCACCCGGAACCGGGCCACGUGUUGCGCACCAGCCUGGAUGGGACCCGGCGCUGCUUCGUGAACGUGUGCAGCAACGCGCUGGUGUGCGCGCCCAGCAGCCGGCCCGGCUCCAGGGGCGCGGCAUCCGGCAGCCAGUGGUCCCUGCCCUACAGCCUGGCGCCGGGCCGCGAGUACUCUGGGGGCCGCGGAAGCCGCUACACCGUCUACGACGUGGUCUUCCACCCAGACGCGCUCGCGCUGGCCCGACGCCAUGAGCGCUUCCGCCAGAUGCUGGACGCCACGGCCCUGGAGGCCGUGGAGAAGCAGUUCGGCGUGAAGUUGGACCGCAGGAAUGCCAAGAUCCUGAAGGUCAAGUACAAGGGGACCCCGGAGGCCGCCGUGCUACGCACGCCCCUGCCCGAGGGCUCCCCGGCCCGGCCCGAUGGGGAGCCGGAGAGCCCUCUCCCCGAUUUCCCCUACCCCUACCGGUACCCGGAGGCCGCCGGGAGCGCUGCGAUCCCCAGGCCCCAGGCGCCCUCCCCUCCGGAGGCCGUCCUGCAGCCCGCCCCCACCGAGCCUAGCUACAGCGUGGUGCAGCGCCACCACGUGGACCUCCAGGAUUACCGCUGCUCUCGGGACUCGGCCCCUAGUACUGUGCCCCAGGAGCUGGUGGUCACCAUCGAGCUGCCGCUGCUGCGCUCGGCCGAGCAGGCGGCGCUGGAAGUGACGGGAAAGCUGCUGUGCCUCGACUCGAGGAAACCCGACUACCGGCUGCGGCUCUCGCUCCCGUACCCGGUGGAUGACAGCUGCGGCAAGGCGCAAUUCAACAAGGCCCGGCGGCAGCUGGUGGUCACGCUACCUGUGGCGCUGACCGCCACGCGCCCGGAGCCCGCCGCGACCCCGGAAGACGCCGCCGACCGGCCCGGAACUGACGGCGCGCCCUGCGCUUCCGCUCACCAGGGGCAGGCGGGCCCGGCGGGGGUUGGUGGGGCGGACGGAGGCUCGGAUCCCAGCCGAACCGGGACUGCAGACGCCGGGAUCACCACCCCGGACGCCGACGGGGAGGAGCGCGUCUCAGAACCCGAGGAGCGGGAUUUCAGCGGGCAAGAGAGAUCAACAGCAGGCAUCCGGGAGGAGCCGCCUCCCGAAGCUGGAAACUCACCUGGGGACGGUGGCGGAGGCGCUCCUAGUACUUCAUCCGGGGACCUUGACAGGGGGUCUUCUGCAGGAAGAGUGAGUGCGCGCCGAACUCUCGGCAUGGAGGCGCUGGAGGCCCGGGAAGGCACCCGCAGGGAGCCAGCUGAUCGAGCCAUGGGUGCUCCCGGGACCGACCGCGGGGAACCUCUGUGUCCGCCUUUGCAGUGUAAUCAGGAUGAAGAAUCCCUGACUCUGCUCAUUCAAGUGCCUCGGAUCCAGCCUCAAAGUCUUCAAGGGGAAGUGACUCCCCUCUGGUACAAAUUGUCCUUCUCCACACAAGACUUAGUUUAUUAUUCCUUCUUUUUGCAGUUUACUCCAGGGAAUAAGCUGAAUACCAAAGAACCAGUGGUUAGCAUUUCUUCAAACAAUGCAGUGAUAGAACUGGCCAAAUCUCCAGAGUGCCAUGGACAGUGGAGAGAGUGGUAUUAUGGUUUAAACAACGAUUCUUUGGAGGAAAGGUUAUUUGUCAGUGAAGAAAACGUUAAUGAGUUUCUUGAAGAGGUCCUGAGCCCUCCAUUCAAACAGAUAAUGCCCCUAACCCCACCAUUAAUUGAAGUUCUUCAGGUUACUGAUAGUAAGAUUGAAAUACAUGCAAAGUUGCAAGAAUGUAGUAACUCUGAGCAGCUUCAUGAGAAGGAAGAAAGAGUCAAUGAAGGAAGUCAUCUAACUGAAAAAGAAAGUCUAGGACAUGCUACUACCUCAGCUGAUUCCAAUUCAUCUGUAGCAGUCAAAGUACUAGAAACAGACAGUUGUGGUUCAGUUGCAUGCAUGCAACAAGGGGCCCUUGAUGUUGCUCAAAAGCCGUUUGCAAAGUCUCAGCAACCUGAGUCAAAAAUGGAACCUGAAUUUACAAAAGACAAAAGUGCUGUUCACUCAAAUGACGAAAAAGAUAAUUUAAAAGAACCAGUAAUAACUGAAGAGAAAGAAUUAGAUGGAGAUCACCCAUCUUCAUUACUGAACAAAACUGCAGUUCACAAUACACCUGGUUGUGACAACAUAAAGGAAACCAAUAUGCAGGAUGGUAGUGUGAAGAUUAUUAAAGAUCAUGUGACUCAUUGCUCAUUCAGUUUUCAGAAUUCUUUGCUUUAUGACUUGGAUUAAUUCUGUAUCAUCUUAGAAUUUAAAGGUUGAGUAAAAACUUAUGGACUAAAAAUAGAUUCUGUUUACUAUCUUAAAACCAAAGGUAUUCAAGAAAGUGUAAAAUUAAAAUUUGCAAUUUUUAUUCUCAUGGGGAAACUGAAGCUAUUUUUUUGCAUGUAGGGAGUUUAUACAAAGCUUCCUUAAUUAUGUAAAUAAGUUUUGUGAUUCCUCUGAUGUAUAUUUUUUCUAAUAGUUAAACAUUUAGUUUUAAUACAACCUAUUUAUAUUUACUUCUGUGUUGUUUUUGGCUUCUUUUGCCAUUACUUUAAUAAAGUUUCAAAAUAAAUAUUAAGUUUUGUCUGUCACAAAGUAAUUCUAAAGAAUGCAAUUAACUAGAAGCACACUAGAGUGCAUGUGUUGGGGGGAGGAGAAUCUCAAAACUACGCAUUUAUAAGUCUCACUAAAUAGGAUGUGCUUAUGCUUGUCAUAGAGAUUCUGAGAGGAAAGAACUUUACUAACCAAUAUUAAACGAUCCAAACAAUACAAAGACACUGAAAUUUAGUAUUUUUGCUUCAACUCUGUAUUUUACUCUUCUCAUAUGUAAGUCACCAUGUAUAUAUAUACGUGUGUAUACAUAUAUAAAUAACAGGUUAUUAAUGACCUUGAAAAUUGAAAAUUUUAAAAGAAUUAUUUGGAAAUUAUUCAAACAUCCCUUGGUUUUAUAGAAUUAAUUUACAAAUUUUAGAACAGGACAAUUAAAAUAAUCUAAGAAUUUGCUCCAAUAGGAAAACUGUCUUCUUUAUAUUAUUACAUGAAAACAACAACAAAAGCUAGUGUUUUCUAAUCAAUUUCUUUUAUAACACCUAAAAGAAGGCAGCAGAUAAUUUAUCUAACAGUGGCUAAGCUAUGAAUUUUGUGGCAUAGUAUUUUUAUUUGAGGCCAGGAGAAAAUCCCAAUAGAUUUUUUUUUUCCUCACAAAAAAUUUUAGGACAACAUGAAAAACAAUAUAGAAAGGAAAAUAUUUGUUGAUCUAAUCGCUGACCCCAAGGCCUUGAGCUGAUCUAUUUCUGUUCCAAAAACAGCUACUAAUUCAAACCUCUGGCCUUACCUUAGUCCUGGAAACUACUUAAUUUCUUUAGUCCUUUGAACUAGGGAGGUCAGGUCAGAGCACCAAAAACUGGUACAAAGCCUAGCAGUUCAUUCUGAUUUACAUUUAUAACCCCAGUAAAACCUGGAACCAGAGGGCUGAGGGCAGUAUAAAGGUAGCUCAUAAAGCAAGAGAACUAUUUGCUCCAUUGUAGAUGACCAUAUACAUUUUUCAACCAUAAUUGGAAUCUUAAUUUGAUGGAAUAAUAGUUUUGAGACUGUCCAUUAGGUACACAGUUUUCUUAGAUUGAAAUGACUAUUGCAGUACCUACACAGAAAGUAGUCUAUCUUUGUGGUUGAAUACAAUUAUAUACUGUUAAGGGAAACUUCCAUGUUAAAUAUGUAGUAAAUUUUAAGCCUGCUUCCUAUUAUUUACUGUGUCUGUCCUUUUAAAAAGUAUGAUUUCUGUUAAAAUAAAGCUGGCACUAGAACAUGUU